GAAAUAAUGCAAUAUAUGAGUCAUGUUGAUACCCUUUUCUUAUCUAAAACCAAAAAUCAUACAUCCGGACAGGUGGAAGAGUCGCGUGAUCCCGUGUAAAUUGUCUUCCGAUCUUGAAUUCAUACGCAAUUGUGACAACUUUAUUGCAGUUAUGAAAACAUGUGUGAAUACCAUGAGGGUACUGACAGCAAUUGAGAAGAAGCCCCUUAUGAGAUUUAUUGAAAUAAUCAGUGUCAGGGAAAGUGUAAGACUAUCAAGCAAGAGAUUCAGCCAUGGAACAGCAGCAGUUUCAAAUGCUACAAAUGUUUGUAGCACAUUAACAGAUGGCCCUCUCUCUGGUAUCAGAAUCAUUGACCUAACUCGAGUCCUUGCCGGCCCAUUUGCCACGAUGGUUCUCAGUGACCUAGGAGCAGAAGUCAUAAAAGUGGAACAUCCACAGAAAGGAGAUGAGACAAGAGGUUGGGGCCCUCCAUUUGCUGGCUCAGAAAGCUGUUAUUUCCUCAGUGUGAAUCGCAAUAAGCAGAGUAUUGCCAUUGACUUGAAAAAGGCUGAAGGUUUGUCUGUUAUACGUGAUCUUGCCAAGCAGAGUGAUGUUUUGAUAGAAAAUUUCAUUCCUGGAGCCUUGGAUCGUAUUGGCUUGGGUUAUGAUGCACUGAAGACCAUUGCCCCACAGCUCAUAUAUUGUAGCAUCAGUGGCUAUGGUCCCUCUGGGCCAUACCACAAGAGACCAGGUUAUGAUGUUAUUGCAGCUUCAGUAGGUGGUCUUGUUGGAGUGACAGGUCCUGAAGACGGGGAGCCAUGCAAGGUGGGAGUUGCCAUGACUGAUCUGACAACAGGUCUGUAUGCUCAUGGAGCUAUUAUGGCAGCCUUGCUUGACAGACAAAGAACAGGAAAUGGACAAAAGAUUGAUUGCAAUCUUUUGUCUACACAGAUUUCUUGCAUGGUAAACCUGGCAUCUAAUUACUUAAAUGGGGACAGAGAGGCAAAGAGAUGGGGGACAGCACAUGAAAGCAUUGUUCCAUACCAGGCUUUCCCGACUAGAGAUGGCUACCUCACCAUUGGUUCUGGCAACAAUGACCAGUUUGCUGCUCUGUGUAAAGCCUUGGAUCUCACAAACCUGUUGGAUGACAAUCGGUUUGCCACAAACGCACUUAGAGUCAAGAAUCGAGAUGAUCUUCUAGUGACACUGAAAGAGAGGUUUCGGCAGAAAACAACAAAAGAGUGGUUGAUCAUCCUGGAAGGGGCUCCCUUCCCAUACGGCCCAAUAAACACUAUUGCCCAGGCUUUUUCUGACCCCCAAGUUAUCCACAAUGAGAUGAUAAAAACAGUUCACCAUCCAACUGUAGGUCUGAUAAAACAAGUUGCUCCUCCUGUGUUAUACAGCUCAUCACACAAUAAGAUCAGAUCAGCUCCACCAAUCUUGGGUCAGCAUACAAAAUAUGUCUUAUCAGAGAUAAUAGGGUAUUCAGACUGUAAGAUUAAACAGCUGAUAGAACAAGGGGCUGUAGCUAGCUCUGACGAUCUUGAAAAUAGUUGAUAAUUAUUCUGUUGUUACUAAUUUCAUUGUUCAUUCUGUGAUUAAGUGUGGGUAUGUUUAUCUUAGUAUAUGCUAAAGCUUUUGUUUCAGUGUAUUGCUACCACAAUGUGCCUUUAAUCAAUAC